GUGCCAUUCCCAAGCUAGAUCAGACGGAUGUUCAAGAUGACCAUCGGGCUUUAUUGGUUGUGUGCUUCAAUUGUACUGGCCUGUUCGACGAAAGCUUACAAAUGCAAGCCUCCAUUUCAUAUUUAUGAGAAAAACUGUUAUUACAUCAGCAGAGACAAAGUUUCCGCAGACGAAGCAUUUGCUCGAUGUAGCCGUAUGGGGGCGUAUCUGGCUAACUUCGAAACACUGGAGGAAGCGAUGUUGAUGAAACAGAAAUUGAAGAGGAUGAAUUCAGGUCUCCAUUUCUACGUCGGUGGGAGGAACAUAAACAGGAGGCAAUCAGGAGGAGACUGGAGGUGGAUCAGAAACGGAAAAAUGGUUAAGAUGACGUAUCAUGCGUUUGGUGUCGGACAACCCGACGGAAGUGACAGCUCUCCACAAGACUGCAUGUUCUUUUACGCAGGAGAGCGCUACACAUUUCAUGACGUUUACUGCGACCACGGGAUUUACCAUAGUGGAUACAUUUGUGAAAAAUAAAAGUUUGAAAUGAG